GGGGGGGAGGGACACACAACUCACUUGAAGCAAGGAGGUAGUUAAGGAGAAGGCACGAUGGCAGCUGUUGGAGGAAGCGGAAGUGUGAGCGAGAAGAUUGCGACGGCGGAGGCGGCCAAGGCGGCUGGCAAUGAGCUGUUCCAAGCCGGUGAUGCGCAAGGCGCGCUGCAGCAGUACUACACGGGCAUGUUUGCUGUCAAGGGGCUGGAGGGAUCGAGCAUGCUGGCGGCGCUGGGUGGGACGGCGGCAGAGCCUGGGAGUGCUGGUGAGCAGGCGACGGCCAAGGCCCUGCUCAUCUCCAUCUACUGCAACAUGUCGGCGUGCAUGACAAAGCUGGGCAAGGCGAAGCGGGCCAUCGCUUUUGCUCGCGACGCGCUGAAGCUCGAUGAGGGGCAUGGCAAGGCGCAUCUGCGACUGGGCAUGGCGUACGAGGAAAAUGGAAACUACGACGGGGCUUACGCAGCGUACACUACGGGUGCAGCAGCGGCAGAUGCUGUGGGCGACGCCGCGGGCAAGGCGAGCCUUGACAAGCGGGCGGCGCGCGCGGCCAAGAUCAUCGAAAAGGAGAAGAAGAAGGCGAACAAUCGGUUGCGCGGCUUCCUCACCAACUCAUGAGCAGCUGCGGCUCGGAACGUGGGCGCUGGGCGUGAUGCGUUUACGACGACGACGAUGACGAGGAUGAGGACGACGACGACGACGAGGCGGCAAGGUCGUAGAGCCCGAUGUCCGAGGUGGAGAGGGUGGAGAGGGCAUCGAUGUCGGUCCAACCCGAGUCAGACUCGGACCAGCGGCGGCCGUAGGGGAUGUGGUCGAGCUCAUUGGCCUUGAGGGCGACGUCGGGCUCGACGUAGUCAAGCACCUUCUUCCAGCGCUGGCAGAAGCGGGCGCGCUCGCGCUUGGUGCGGGCAAAGACGCGCUUAAAGUUGUACUUUGAGACAAAGUUCUGAGUGACGGCGACGGUAAAGUCCGGGUUGAACACGCCGUGCCACCAGUCGCCAGGGACAAA